GGAGCACAAACGAAGGCGGUAUCAACAAACUGACAUGCUUCUGCUUCUGUCAGAAAUCUUCGACCAAAGUCUUUUUUAGUUUGGUGAUGACCCUUUGUCGUGGUCACCAGCAUCGGAGUCAAAAAUAGUGAGUUUUUGUUGGUUGUGAGUAGUUCAUGGUAUUUUGUCAUCGUAAUACCAGCAUGAUUUUGGUGGAAUCUGGGCUUUACCUUGGGGGUGUCUUGGACCUUCAAGACCCUACAAACUUGAGCAGACUGGGAAUUACACAUGUUCUCACCGUGGACUCAGAACAAGUAGCUUUACCGCCUACGUUUAUAACUAAAUAUGUUCGUGCUCUUGAUGAUUCAUCAACUGAUCUUCUCAGCAAACUGGAUGAAUGCAUUCAGUUUAUUGAAGGUGGAAAGCAACCAUCGUCUUCUGUGUUUGUUCACUGUCACGCAGGCCAGAGUCGGAGUGCAGCAGUGGUGACGGGAUAUCUCAUGAAGGCUCACCAUAUUUCCCUGGAGGAAGCCAAAAGUAAACUCACCCAAAUUAAACCCGACGUGAAGAUAAACGACAGUUUCUUGGACCAGUUAGCAUUGUACGAGGCAUUUGGAUGCAAAGUGGAUUUCUCCUCUUCACAGUAUAAGCAUUUCAGAUUGAAACAUCUCACAGAACAACUUACAGAUCUGAAGGAUUUGCCGAAGGAAGUCUUUGCUGCAGAUCCUGUGCAAACACCAGACACAGAAGUUGCCUACCGUUGUAGAAAAUGCAGACGUACACUCUUCUGUGGCUCCAGCAUUCUUAGCCAUGAGUUAGGCAGCGGCUCAGCUGCCUUCCCACACAAGAAAAUGACAAGCUCUGGACACCAAGCAGGGUGCACCUCAUACUUUAUCGAACCAGUGCGCUGGAUGGAGAAUGCGCUUCUGGGAGUCAUGGAUGGACAGCUCCUGUGUCCCAAAUGCACUUCCAAGCUGGGAUCCUUCAACUGGUACGGCGAGCAGUGUUCAUGUGGCCGCUGGGUCACCCCUGCGUUCCAGAUGCACAAGAACAGAGUGGAUGAAAUCAAACACAUCAACAUAGCCGGGCUGAAGUGAUGGAAUCAAAACCUUUCCAUCUGUAGUCUUUCUCUGAAGCUGUUGUGCUUUAGCCCCUACAGGUUUGCUGCUAAAAUUGUUAAUUUAAUACCACCUUCUAAAAAUGAAACAUUCCAGCAUACCUCAAUUGAAAAAAAACCCCUCUUUAUCAAUUGUUCUCCUAGUGAGGUUCAUUGAUAAACCUUGUGUAUUCCCAAUGAAAAGCAUCUUUAUGUGAUCCUUAUUAUACUAUUAUGAACUGAUUGAUACUACCAUUUUCUUGAAUUCGAUUUUUGCUUGUUCUGACUGACAACAUCUGUAUAGGCCUUUUCGCCCAUUAUGUGUUCCUUGAAUUGACUGCAAUACACAUAAUGGCCACAAGAGGGCCUUAAAGACUUGGUGCACACAGAGCCGUAUAUUAAGACUUAUAAACGGCUCUGGGUGCACAAUAGCUUUUAAAACACAGUUCAGUCGGAUUCAUUCCCUACAUAGAACCAUGAGUUUGUCGCACAAGAAAUUGUAUUGUAUAGUUUCUACUUAAAUAUUUCAUAUUUUUUCAUAGAAGACAUUUUUGGAAUGAUAUGCAUUCAUGUUUGAGAAGAGGGUGGGUGACCAAAGUGGAGCUAUAACCCACCAUACUGUUCAGGAGAGGGAUGACGUUGGAUAGAAUAUGCUCUUGUGUCCAGUUCUUGUCUAGUGUGCAGAGAUGGAAAGGGGAUUCAAGUGAAAGGUAUCUUUCAUUAUAUUGUAUGUUCCUUUUCUGGUCAUUCCUGUGUAGUUUUUGUCUAGGCUGGAGGGAGGGCAAGGGGGACCAUUUCUUUUGAACUGAAUUUCUUUUGAAUUGUCCGAGUUGUGCACCUUAACCCGCCUGGACUGUUGUUGCUGCUCCUAGACAAAUAAAUGCAUGCACACAGCCAGUGACAGCAGCAGUAUAAGAAAGAUGACUGGUAGUUCUUUGUGGACCAUUUUACUUGCCGUAGACUCAGAGCGUGCUGUCCAUCCUCUGCUGAGACUUUUUGACUAACUCUGAUGUCUAACUCCCACUUCAGACUCUAGGAAAUUGUGGAUCCCUGAAUCUGAAGUUCACAUUUGGCACUCUGCUGUUGGAUUUUGUGAGGGGGUAACAAGUUCACUAAAAUUCACAACAUUUUUAAUCUUGAGAGUUUUCACUGUACACACAUCCUUAGUUCCGUUUGUGAAGAGAGGAAAGGAUAAGCUUAAACUGUGGCCACUAGUGCUGACUCAGUGUGGUGGUGAUGCGUAGUAUCCUAACAGACCCGUGGACCUGGAGCUCACCUGCUUGCAUGUUUCCUCAGUCAGCGAAUUAAUUGGUUUACUUGAGUAACAGUCAAUAAUGUGUAUAUACAUGUAUGGGUGGAUGGAUGCAGGAUGAUGAGCGAUUUUGGCUGUGUGCCGAUUUUGUUUUCUUCUAGAUUUCAUAGUGACACAUGCAUAGACUGUUCUUAUAUUUUCUAGUGAAACAUAUGUGAAUCAUUUUUUAACACUUCCCUUUUGGGUGCCAUUUGUCAAUGUGUAUUGUGCUGUACUUUGUAUUUCUGAUUUCCAUCUAAAUUUCCUUCUCACGGCUAAGUGAGUGGGCUGUGGGCACAUUGACUUCCCCCCCUACUCCACCCAUUGAAAAGUAAUCGCAUUAACACAGAAUAUCAGCAUUUUUGGACUGGGACGCCAUAUUGAAUUUCUCAGAGAGGCCCAGUUGGACUCCUCUGAAUUUUAAGUAUGGUGUUCCUAUUAUUAUAGAGUGUUAGUACACAAGAUUUGGUGCCAAUCCAUCCACCCAUUGAAAAGUUAUUGCACUAAAACAUAAAAUAUGAUCAAUUUUGGACCCCAUCUGGGCCGCCAUGUUGAAUUUCUCAGAGAGGUCAAGUUGGACAUUCUAACGCACCAGAGAUAAACCAAAACGUGGCAUGGAAAACUACGAGGCAUAUUGAAGAGUGAAGUGUGGUCAACAAAGAAGAACAGCUGACAGCAAAGCAUCAAGGAUAUGGACGUCCAUAACUCCCAUACACUGUUUCUGCCAUUGACUUCAAUGUUAAACGCAUCAUGGCAGUGAUUAAGAUAGAGAGAACCCUAACCAAGUAUUGAACAUUGCAUGUUCUGUAGAAACUACCAAAUUUAAACUGAUUUGAUGUGACCCAAAUUUUGCUGAAGAAAAUGGGGAUGGGGAUUACCAUACAGAAUGUGAAUUCCGCAAUUCAUGGGUUUUUGAGCUGGAAGGCCAAAAUAUGUUAAAAAAAAUAAACAAAUGAAUGAUUGGAAAAAUCUGGGCCAUGAAUCUUUAAUCCAUGACAGUUAAACAUUAUUGAUGGAAUUAUGGAAAUAAAUCAACUUUUUCAUGCUAUUCUAAUAAAGUGGC